CAUCUAGGUAAAAAUGGAUUCCUUUCAAGAUCUAAGAGAGUUUCGGGGUAACUAGGGGAAGGAAGAAGAAGAGGGUGUUAUAUCGGUGGAACCGAUUACGAUGAUAGUGUCACUGGAACUACGGGAUUUGCCCAAACCCAUCACACUGGAGAGUAGCGCUGGUUCGAGCACAGAUGGUGAUUCCAACGACCACUGUUCUUUAGCCUCUAAAGAUUCGUCUUCAGAGAGGACAUCUAGUGAUGUGGGGGACAUUGGAGAAGGUACUAUCAGUUCGCCAACGACAAGUACGGAGGCGGAUGUGGUUGUGUUCGAAGAAUGGGAGAAUAAGGUUAUCAAUAGGAGAUUGGACAAUCUCUGUAAAGCACCAAAAACUCUUCUGGCUGGCUUUAGGUUUAGGGUGGCACUGCAUCAUGAUGUGGCAAAUGGUUUGGCCACAGUUAAAGGGUAUAAAAAGUUAGAGGAAAUGGUGAGACAAUACCAGAUUCUAAAGACAAUUUUAAUCUGAGCUGGUACCCAAAAUGAGAAGGCGUGUACAGUGUCAAGAACGGGUUGGAUACUAGUGUACGUAGAUCACUUUGAUGCCAGCUUGCGCUUGCCCCUAGCAGGGCUAAUUUUUGACUUGUUGGCAGAGUACGAGUUGGUAUUGACACAACUGAUGCCAAACAACAUAAAAUUUAUUGUGGGAU